ACUAUAAACCUCUGGUCACGCUAAAAAGAAGAAAAGAAAAUUCCCAGCGUCAUUUGUGCAGUAAAAUUGGUAAACAAUAAAACCAUAUAAACAGUGCGAGGAAUAAAGGGAAGGCGACUUUAAAACCACAUUUCGACCCAGAUUGGUUUGAGAAACGGCCUCAAGAUUGGCAAGAUACGCAAGAGCAAGAAAAUGAGCUAUAACGAGAAAUCGGAGGCCAUCACCAAGGAGGAGUGGCUGCAGCGCCUGGAGCAGUUUCCCUUCAAGCAGGCGGAUAUGAAUCGCCUAAUCAUGAACUAUUUGGUCACAGAGGGCUUUAAGGAGGCAGCCGAGAAGUUCCAACACGAAGCGGAUUUGGAACCCAGUGUAGAGUUGAGCAGUCUGGACGAGCGUAUUCUCAUCCGCGAAGCUGUACAGGCGGGCCGGAUUGAGGAGGCCACCCAGCUGGUUAACCAGUUGCAUCCAGAGCUGCUCGGCAGCGACCGCUAUCUUUUUUUUCACCUACAGCAGUUGCAGCUCAUCGAGUUGAUCCGAGCGGGCAAGGUGGAGGAGGCCCUGGCCUUUGCCCAGAGCAAGCUGUCUGAAUCUGGGGAAGAGGCCAUGUUCGAGUUGGAGCGAACAUUGGCGCUGCUUGCCUUUGAGAAGCCACAGGAAAGUCCUUUCGCCGACCUGUUGGAGCAGUCGUACCGCCAGAAGAUCGCCAGCGAGCUCAAUUCGGCUAUCCUGCGUUGUGAGCACAGCGAGGAUUCCACGCCCAAGAUGAUGUUCCUGCUCAAGCUGAUCUUGUGGGCUCAGUCCAAGCUGGACAGCCGUUCAAUCAGCUAUCCCAAAAUGAAGAACCUCGAGACGGCGCAUCUGGAGCCCAAGUAGAGGGACAGGGCAGAGCGGCAGAUGCACCGAGAUCGCCCCCCCUUCGACUUCUUUUGCUAAUGCUAUUGCUAUUAUAUCUCUUUUUAAUAAGUAUGUAUGUAUGUAUGCUGGAUGUACGCAGUGAAUUAUUAAAUAUAAGUAGCCGGAAAAGCCA